AUGACCACCCACCUCGCCGCUGUCUCCCCAGCCAAAGGCCAACCCUUUGAGCUCCAAACCCGCCCCACCCCAAAGCCAGGACCAAACGAGCUCCUCAUCGCCGUCAAAUCCGUAGCUCUCAACCCGGCAGACACCUACAUGCGCGACCAAGGCCUCUUCAUACCCGCUUACCCCACGGUCAUUGGCUUCGACAUGUCCGGCUUAGUCCUUGAGGUUGGCGACAACGUCCCCACGUCCUUCCGACCUGGUAUCACCAGGGUCGCCGCCUACGCCGCCUCGGUCUGGAAGUCCUGCGAUCCAGACUACGGCGCAUUUCAGGAGCGGUGCCUCGUCCCCUGGCAGCAUGCUGUGCCGCUUUCGGACGAGAGCAUAUCAUGGAACGAGGCGGCAACCUUGCCCGUCGCUGUUGAGGUAGCCCUUAACGCGUGGGAUGCCAUUGGGAUCGCCCGGGCAGGAGCCGGAGAAGCCACUGCUUCAGCUUCAGUCUCUGCGGACUCCACUGGUACAGAUGUCAAUACCAACGCAGGGAAGCUAAAGAGUAUUAAUAUCAUGGAAAAAAGAGAAGCUCUCCUAAUCUGGGGUGCCUCCUCUAGCGUCGGCACCAUGGGCGUACAAACGGCUCGGCUGCUGCGGGACGAUCCCGACUCUUCUUUCGCGGCUGUGUACGCCACGGCCGGAUCGGCGAAUAAGCAUUAUGUCCGUUCACUGGGCGCGGAUCGCGUGUUCGACUACAAAGACUCACACGUUGUGGAUGCGAUUGUUUCCGCAGCCAAGGAGGACGGGCUAGUGAUCCGGCACUGUUUUCUUGCUACCGGGCAACUUGCGUCAUGCCAGUCUGUGCUAAAGGCAUUCCUCGGAGACGAUCAAGAAGGGAAGACCACGAAGAUGGCGAAGAUAGGAUCAGCACCCCCGGUUCCUCCGAAUGUGGAGGUCGUGGAUGGCGUAGAGACGAUAUUUGUGGUGCCGUCGACAGUGGAAGCGGAGAGGCUGGAGCAGUUCAGAUACUGGAUCGGGACGUGGCUGAGGGAAAACCUGGCCAAGGGGACCAUCAGGCCGAGUCCGGAGCCGAGCGUCGUGGGAAAGGGUCUGGGGGCUAUCAAUGCUGGGUUGGACAAACUACUCCGGGGGGUUAGUUGUACAAAGUUGAUUGUUGAGGUUGCAAAUUAG